AUGGGAUCUGAACUCGGACUCACCGCCACCACCAAGCCCGCGCUGGCAAUCACCCCGGUGAGCAUCUGGUGGGUGUGCUGGGCAUGUGUCUGGACGGUCUGUGUCGCAGUAGGCAUGGCCUAUAUGAUCGUUCACCGCAACAACCCUACUAUCCGGAUUCGAGGCUUGGGGCUGUCACUUUCGGCGGUCGUGCUUCUUCACAUGUACUGGGCGUCUGUCCAAACUGGUCUCAUGAUUGGCGCGUUGAUGCCUGGAGAUGCCCAGUAUUGGAUUAUGGGCACCUACUUGCCCUGCGGCAUGGCCCUGUUCCACGCUUCCAACAGUCGCUUCCUCCACGUCGCCAAGCUUCAAAAGAAAUACGUCCAACCACGCAACAGCAUUAUCGGCUCUCCUUCACAGCCUCGUGGCUUGAUCAGCCGUUUCCACCGACUCGCCUAUACGACAAAGACUCUCAUUAUCGUUGCGACCUUAAUGGUAGUUCAGAUAUUCCUCACGGUCCUUAUGUAUCUAAUCUCUCGCAAAUGGCAUAGCUCCUGGGGUAUUCCUGGAACUGAGGUUCACGGUACCCCAAUGGAGCAGAUGGCGGAGCAGGGCACAGGGUGGGAAUGGUGGCCCGGGGUAUUUUCGCAGUUCUUCUGGUCCUGGCUCAUUGCCCCCAUCGUCCUCUGGAAGUCUCGCAAUAUCCACGAUACUCAAGGCUGGCGAGUCCAGACCAUUGGCUGCGCGAUAGCUGGCCUGCACGCGACCCCCAUGUGGCUGAUCGGCCUCUAUGUUCCUGGCAUGGCGCCGGUCAACCAGUACUUCAUCCCUCCUCAGUGGAUCUGUCUCUCUGUGUUCUUCCUGGAAAUCUUUACAGUCUUUGUUCCUUGCUGGGAGGUGAUGCGCCGCCAGACUCUGCGUCGAGAGACACUCGACGCAAUUGCCCAGUGGGAAAAAAGGAACAAUGCUUCCAACUCCGGGGCCAAGUCUCUCGACUCUGCUUCUACUAUGGUCGAGUCCCUGCUGUCCGGCCGAAAGUCAAGGAAAUCCAUCAGGACUAACGCCUCCGACGAGAGUAUCCUGACUAUGAGCGCACUUGAGUACGUCCUUGAGCGCAACCCGGGUCCCCUUCAGGAAUUCUCCGCCCUCCGCGAGUUCUCCGGAGAGAAUGUUGCCUUUCUUACUGCCGUCUCCGAUUGGAAGAACUCGCUGCCCCCUUCCGUCCGGGAUGGCACUGCUCUUAAAGACAGCAGUUCCAAGGAUAUGAUCCGGGCGCAUUUCAACAGUGCGUUGCACAUCUACGCCGAGUUCAUCAGUCGCGAGCAAGCCGAGUUCCCCCUGAAUAUCGCUUUCACAGAUGUCAGGGAUCUCGAAAACGUCUUCGAAAAUGCUACUCGUAUCGUGUACGGCGAGAAGGACGACCCUAACCCUGUCAGUCCUUUUUCCGCCACCUUCCCCGUUGAUCCACCUCUGUCGCCCAGUACCUCAACAACCUCGGAGAAAACACUGAACGUGUCAGCUUCCGAUGCCAUCAAGGACCUCGUGCAGUACUGGGGCGAGGUGCCAGCGGAGUUUGAUGCCUCUGUCUUCGACAACGCUGAACACAGCAUCAAAUACCUCGUUCUCACCAACACAUGGCCCAAGUUUGUCAAGGAUCCCAAAACCUGGGGUGGACAGGUUUGA